AGAGACACUUAUCAUUUUAACAAAAAAAAUAUGGGUUAUUUUCGUAUCCUUUUAUAUUUCAUAUUUAAGGGAAAACUUUGAUCCAAAGUUCAAACUUAAGGAUGACUUGGUCCUAUCUCUCUCAAGUAAUGGAACGUGACUCCCUUCAUUUGCCCGCCUUAACUGCCAUCUAAUAAUAAAAUACUCCGACAAUCCCCAACCCAAGUCCAAGUCAACUCGAGACACCAUAUUCCCCGCCAGAUAAACAUGAACAAACAUCAAGAAGAAUCACAAAUUCAUAAUUUACUUAAAAGGAAAAAAGGGUUAGACAAUUGUAAACAUUAAGAAAACAUUAAGAAAGAAAGCAUUGAUUCCCAGAAAAAAACAAAUGGAGAUCCCUAACGCAGAGAAUAGCACAACACAAAAGAAACUCCCAACAGUUUCAUCUACAAAGGAAUCUCUCAAUGUCCUUCCUUACCAAACCCCAAGGAUAGGAGAAUACUAUACUCUUGGCAAGAAAUUAGGCCAAGGACAAUUUGGGACAACUUAUCUAUGCUCAGAGAAUGCAACGGGCCUUGAAUAUGCCUGCAAAUCAAUCCCCAAAAGGAAACUUUUCUGCAAGGAAGAUUAUGAGGAUGUGUGGAGAGAAAUUCAGAUAAUGCAUCAUUUGUCUGAACACCCUUAUGUUGUAAGGAUUAAAGGGACCUAUGAGGACAAUGUUUUUGUCCAUAUUGUUAUGGAGGUGUGUAAAGGGGGUGAGCUUUUUGAUCGGAUUGUUCAAAAGGGUCAUUUUACUGAGAAGAAAGCAGCACAAUUGGUGAAGACUAUUGUCAAGGUUGUGGAGGCUUGUCAUUCUCUUGGUGUCAUGCAUAGAGAUCUCAAACCCGAGAAUUUCCUUUUUGAUAGCUCUGAUGAAGAUGCUAAGCUUAAGGCCACUGAUUUUGGAUUGUCUAUAUUCUAUAAGCCAGGGCAGUAUUUCUCAGAUGUUGUAGGAAGUCCAUAUUAUGUAGCUCCUGAAGUGUUGCACAAAUACUAUGGGCCUGAAAUAGAUGUCUGGAGUGCUGGAGUCAUCCUUUAUAUCUUAUUGUCCGGAGUCCCUCCUUUCUGGGCAGAGACAGACAAUGGUAUCUUCAAACAGAUAUUGAAAGGAAAGAUAGACUUUGAAUCAGAACCUUGGCCUCAAAUUUCUGAUAGUGCAAAGGAUUUGGUAAAGAAGAUGCUCACGAGGGACCCUAGAGCGCGAUUAACUGCACAUCAAGUUCUAUGUCAUCCUUGGAUUGUGGAUGACAAUGUUGCUCCAGACAGACCCUUGGGUUCGGCAGUUUUGUCACGCCUAAAGCAGUUCUAUGAUAUGAACAAAUUUAAAAAGAUGGCUUUACGAGUCAUAGCAGAAAGGCUCUCAGAGGAAGAAAUAGGUGGCCUAAGGCAAUUAUUCAAAAUGAUUGACACAGACAACAGUGGAACAAUCACAUAUGAGGAACUAAAACAUGGCCUGAAAAGAGUAGGAUCUGACUUAACAGAGGCCGAAAUCAAGGCCUUGAUGAGCGCGGCUGACUUUGACAACAAUGGCACUAUCGACUAUGGUGAAUUCAUUGCUGCAACAUUGCAUUUGAAUAAGAUGGAGAGGGAGGAGAAUUUGCUUGCUGCAUUUUCCUACUUUGACAAGGAUGGCAGUGGUUAUAUCACGAUUGAUGAGCUUCAACAAGCUUUCCAAGAGUUUGGCUUAGGUGAUGUCAAAUUGGAAGAAAUUAUCAAAGAGAUUGAUAUAGACAAUGAUGGACGCAUAGAUUAUGGGGAAUUUGCAACUAUGAUGAAGAAGGGAAAUACAGGACCGGGAGCCAGAACUAUGAGAGGCAAUUUGACCUUCAGCAUAGCAGAUGCUCUUGGAAGCCAGUGACAGUGACAAUGGUCAAUAGAAGAUUGAUUUCCAUUUGUAUAGCCUCAUCAAUGUUCAAUCCAAUUAGUCAAUAUAAUUUUUUAGAAAAAAAAUUCUUUUGAUUGAGAAGCCUAAAUCGUUCGCCAACGGACAUAUUAUAUAGAUAUAGUAUUUUACCAACUUUAAUUAAUUUUGCACUUUUUUACUAAGGUAAAUUAUAGUGGUUGUUCCUCUUUUCAAUUAGAGGACCUGCACUUCAAUUUGGAAUAGUUCGAAUUCCUUUUCAUGUACCUCUAUGUAAUGAUGAUGUGUUCUAUGAAAUGAUGACACAUACAUUUUAUGGUACAAAUACACCCAGCCAGUGACAGUGACAACGGUCAAUAGAAGACUGAUUUCCAUUUGUAUAGCC